AUGUUAGACAAGGCGGCUGUGGAUCGGCGAUUUGACUAUCACCAAAACUGCAGUAAGCUACAUCUAACACACCUCUGUUUUGCGGACGAUUUGUUGGUUUUCUGCGAUGGAAAGGCUCGGUCAAUUAAGGGCAUUGUUACAGUAUUUGAUCAGUUUGCUGCAUACUCGGGCUUGAGAAUCAGCUUAGAGAAGUCAUCUAUCUAUAUGGCAGGGGUCUCAGAGGACAAUCGCCAAUCAAUAAUAGAUCGAUUCCCAUUUGCUGUAGGAGAGCUUCCGGUUCGAUACCUUGGACUGCCUUUGCUGACGAAAAGAAUGGCUAAGGAAGACUAUGCCCCUUUAAUCGCAGGAAUACGCACACGUAUAGGAUCGUGGACCGCUCAUCACUUAUCCUAUGCAGGACGAUUGCAACUCUUACUAUCGGUCAUCUCUGGCCUUACAAACUUCUGGAUAUCGGCUUUCAAACUCCCAAAAUCAUGCAUGGCUGAGGUGGAGUCUCUAUGUAGUGCAUUUUUAUGGGCAGGUCCGACUUUGAGUACAAAGAAAGCAAAGGUUCAAUGGAAGGAUGUCUGCAAACCCAAAGCUGAAGGAUGGCUUGGGCUUCGAUCUCUAGUGGAGGCAAACAAGAGGAAGAGCUUUCUGGUCGUUAACACAGUCACAAGUGAUUGGAUCAUCGAUUUGGAAGCAUCUUCUAAAAACUAG